CCACAUCCUUUUCGCAUCGAACGCAUCCACAAACCGGCCACGAAACCAAAAAGCUCACGUACAACUACGUAGUAGCACAUUUGCUUUUCCUUAUUCGCUUUGUUUAGAGUGUCCUAUCAUUGUUAGUCUUAACCCAAGCAAAGGGCUGGAAGAUUCUCAGAAAAAAUCAUAUAUGUAGCUCUCUCGAAUAGGCUUUUGAUUUCUGUAAUUUUCUCUCCUAGUGAUCAUAUUUGCUUUUGUGGGAAAAUGGGGAGGGGGAGAGUGGAGCUGAAGAGGAUUGAGAACAAGAUCAACAGGCAGGUGACCUUCGCUAAGCGAAGGAACGGACUUUUGAAGAAAGCCCACGAGCUUUCCGUGCUUUGCGAUGCUGAGGUUGCUCUCAUCAUCUUCUCCAAUAGAGGAAAGCUGUGCGAGUUUUGCAGCAGUCCAAGCAUGCUCAAAACGCUAGAGAGGUACCAGAAAUGCAACUAUGGAGCACCAGAGCCAAAUGUGUCCGCAAGGGAGGUCUUGGAGUUGAGUAGCCAGCAGGAAUACUUGAAGCUUAAGGCACGUUACGAAGCCCUACAAAGAACCCAAAGGAAUCUUAUGGGAGAAGAUCUUGGCCCUUUAAGCAGCAAAGAGCUCGAAUCUCUAGAAAGGCAGCUGGAUAUGUCACUGAAGCAAAUCAGAUCGAUACGGACACAGUUUAUGCUGGAUCAGCUCACUGAUCUUCAACGUAAGGAACACAUGCUUAAUGAAGCAAAUAGGACACUGAAACAAAGGUUGAUGGAUGGAUACCACAUCGACACCCUCCAACUAGAUAUUCAAAGUGCCAACGAUGUGGUUUAUGGCCGACAGCCUGCUCAAACUCAGGAUGAUUGCUUCUUUCAUCCCUUAUGUGAACCCACGUUGCAAAUUGGAUAUCAGCCUGAUCAUCCUAUGACAGUCGUCUCAGCGGGCCCAAGCGUGAAUAACUACAUGUGGAUGCCUUGAUAAGAAGGGCAUGCAUGCAUGGUCAGACAUGGUAUGCAUUCCAUCCAUAAGAAUUAGUAUAAUCAUCAUCCUUUAUGCUGUUGGGAUGAAAAGUGACAUUUAUGACAGUACGGAACUAUCUUUUUAAUUGUAUGCAUAUAUAUGUGUGUGCUCGCUU